AUGCCUUCAUCAUCGAAGGCGAAGGAGGAGGCGGAGCUUCGCAAGAUAGCCAGGCAGGCGCGGCUCUCCCGCAAGGAGGCGGCAGCGAAAGAGCGCCGACGGGUGCAGCGCGGGAGGAGUGCCGCAGAACCCACCGCUGUUGCUGCCACUGACAGCAACACACACAGACGGAGGGGCGCUCUCGUUUUGCCAGCGGAGGUGGAGGAACUUCGGCAGCGUAUCUCCUCUGCACCGUCGGCAUCGUCGUCGUCGUCGUCGUCGCGACGCUCUCGCCUUGAGGAGCCGCCGUACGGCAUGGAGGUGCACCACAAGAAGAAGCAAAUUAUUGUGACAGUGACCCUGCACCACGUCCCCCCGGCACACGUGGACGUUAGCGAGACGACGGAUGAGAGGCUCGUCGUUGACACGAGCAAGCACACAAAGAAGUACCGGCUGGAGUUGCCCAUACCGGACGGAAUGCGCGUCAACGCUGAGGAGGCGGCAUGUGAGAUGAACGCUGACAACGGUGUGCUGACCUGUGUGCUGCCCAUCAGGGGCGACAUUGCCGAGUCGCUGCAGACAGAGCGGGCAAAGAUGUUGGACGACAUACGGAAGCAAAAGUCCCUGAGGUUUCGCAUCAGCGCCGACGGAGAGCUGAAGGUGCGUAGUCGUCAGGCUCUGCUGGCAAAGAGCGAGCGGGCACAGGCGGCCCUGAUGGAGCAAAAAAAGAGGAAUAAGGUGCGGGUGGAGCAGGACGCUGUCGAAGCUGAGGAAACCACCGGGGAUGAGGACAAGGCGGAGGUUGCAGUCACAGCCGCAACAGGUGACGCUGGAAAAAGGAAGACGAAUAAGAACAGUGCACCCGAGGAGGAGGAGGAACCGGCUAAGAAACGCAGCAAAAAAGAGACGGCCUUAGCGCUUUGCGGCGGGACGGCAAAUGCGCAGGGUUUCCAGAAGGGCAGCGGCACCAUCAAGAAGCAAUCGGAGCGACACCCGUCACAAUUAACUGGGACGAAGGCAGCUGCUGGCAGUGCAUUCGACGAGGAGCACAAGAAGGCGAUGGAAAUCGCCAAGUCUGCCGGGAAGGCCGCACGGAUGACGCUGCGGGAGAGCAUCGCACAAGCCAACGCACGGCAGAAAAAGAUGCAGGAGCGUAUUUCUGUACGUACUUCCCGUCGCAGCUUACGGACAGAGCGGACUCAGGACUCCUUUGCCCGCAUCCUAGAGGAGCAGAAGCAACAGCUGCUGGCACGUGCCGAGUUGAAUGCCUCCAUGGCGGCCUCAGAAAAGAAGGCGGCAGCGGACCGAAAGGAGGGAGGCAAGACCGUCACGUUUGCAGCCGUGGAAGAGUAG